AUGGGGUCCCGAGCAAAGUCGAGCACCCCCCUGGGCCAGCCAGGCCGGGAAGGCCAACCCGAGGAGGAGUUGAAGCACGCAGGGGAAGGGGCAAAAAAGGCAAGUCCCGGGAGCGGAGGCACCAGAUUGAUCAGUUUGAAAGGAUACGACAUGCCAUCCACCUUGGAAGAACUGUUAGACAAAAAAGAAAUCAGAGUUUCCUCAGAACAGAAAACACCAUUCAACAUAAACAGGAAUGUUAUUCUGCUUGUCUAUUUUGUGUUAAUCGUAUUAACCAAUCGUUUAUUCUUUGGAUGGCCAAACCUAUCCAAUCUGUUAUUUCGAGAUGGAGCAUAUAUUUGGAAAUGCAAUAAAAACCCAGAUGGAGGUUAUGACAAGAAUGACGAUAAACGAUAUGUGUGUGAAGAUCAAGAUAAGGCAGUACAGACAAUCUUCGUUUUUGGAUCCUCUGCUUAUUUUGCUUUUUCCUUUUUUAAUGGGAUCAUUGUAGAUUAUUUGGGAUCCAGGUUCAGUAUGCUUCUAGGUCACUUGUUAAACUUAAUCGGAUGGAUCCUCCUGUUAAUGUCCAAUGAAAAUUUUGAUGCAUAUGUUAUAUCUGGGAUCUUCAUCGCAGCAAGUAUCGAUUUGGCAUCCUUCUCAACGUUGAAUGCAUCAGGUUUAUAUCCUGGGAAUGAAAAUUUGAUUGUAAAUAUAAUAUCAGGUGCGGGAUCUCUCUCUGCAGGGACAAUGACAAUUUUGGACUUGCUUAUCAGUGGAUUGAAUUUGAGUUUCAAGACCUUCAUGCUGUGGUAUAUGUGUAUCAGUGUGUGUUUUUUUUUUAUCCUAACGAUUUUUAUGUUCCCGAAGAGUAGGUACUAUAGGCAGUACGAGUUUGACAACUAUUACAACAGUAGGGACUUGAGCAUGAAGGGUGGAGGGGACAUGUCUAAUCGUGCAAAGGGGGGUAGUGGAAGUGGCGUGGUGGAGGUGGCAAAGGGUGGAGGCAAGUCUAUGACACAGAAAGAUAUCGAGAUGAAUGUGCAAAAGAAGGACGGUGUUAAUCCAUCCAGCACCAACGACAGCACUGUUUCGAAUGGGAAUGAAAAAAAAAGCAUGUUUAAUUCGGCAAGCUUUAAAGACCUAAUCAAAAUAUGCACCUGUGCUCAUUUUUUAUGUCUCUGGAUUUAUGGCCCACUGAAUGCUAUUUACAACACCUUCUACUUCAGUGUCGUGGAAAAUAUCCUCUCCAAGGACAAGAACGAUAUUUUGGGUUACAUCCUCCCCUUUGCCUUUAUCCCUUGUAUUAUAAUGGGGAAUUUAUCAGAUAAAUAUGGAGUUAUGGUUAUGUUUACCUACGAGCUUUUUUUCGCCCUAUGCAUGUACGUGUUUAGCUACAUCAAGUCUAACCUAGCCCAAUGGAUCUCCGUUAUUUCAAAUACUAUGUACUCUGCUUGUGCGAAUGGGCAGCUGUGGACCUUUAUCUCCUUUACGUUCAGCUCCAAGUACCACUCCACACUCAUCGGGCUGCUUAAUUUCGUGUGCGGGAUUAUCUCCUUCGUGCGUCUACUCCUGUUCGAGUGGGCCAAGCAAACCAAGUACGAUUUUACUUACAUCAAUUUGUUGAUAAUUGGGUUCAUUUGCAUUAACAUCGGCAUCACGGUGGCCAUCGUGUUCAUUCGGAAGAUCAAGGGGGAGAAGGUGCCCUACGGGGACGAGGACGCCGCCGCG